CACCGCUGGUCACAUGAUGUCUCCCAAAGAAUUGAAGUCUCAUUUAGAAGUUACGCCUAAAGAACAUAAAGAUGCAACCUAUAUCGAUAGAGUACCUGAAAAGCUUUCUUCUUCUCAAGUGCAAGAUAAAAAAAAAUUUGGACAAAAAGAACUUCAUCAAAUAGUGAAAGUAGAAGCAAUGCAAAGUAAAUCUGCAGAUGAAAUUGAAGAAAUUUGGAAGCAGUAUCAUCAAAACAAAGAUGGACUGUAUGCCGUUUUGCCGAAAGUUACUUAUGAAAAGCUCUACACCAGAAGUCAAAAAUAUCCUACAUUUUUGUUUCCUUUACCAAGAGCUCAAGGCUAUGAAUUUAUAAUGCUUCAGUUUCUUCAACAUAGUUGUUAUUUUACUUCAUUAAUAAAUUAUCAAGCAUUUCAAGAAAAUGCUCCUGUAUGUUUAACAAUUAACUACUUUACUGAAUUCCAAAAUGAUAAAGGCAUUGUUUUAAUGAAAGGGGAAUAUGAUGACAAAGUUUUGAAAGUUCAUGAAGCCCAAUGCUUGGCCAAUCAAUUACAACUUUAUUAUGGAGGAACAGAUGAGAAAAAAGAAAGAUUACUUUGGAACUUUAAUGAACAACCUGAAACAUUUAGACAUAUGGAUUUAAUAUCUAAUUUUGAAUACAACUUAGGGAAAUAAAAUGUUAUUUAUCAGAACUGCAAUAUAUCAUUAAAUAUAUGUCUCAAAUACUUGAAAUAAAUAUUAGCCUUUUUCAGAACUGAUGCUAGGGUUGCCAAUCUAGAAACAAUUUGAGGAGCAAUGUGUAAUGAUUUUGAGGAGCAUUUCGAAAUUUUUGCGGAACAGUGCUGUAUUUUUU